AUGGCGAAUAGUGCAUGGAUAGAGGCUUACCCGUCUGGCCGGAGUGAAUACCUAAACUUUGAAGGGUCUGACCAUAGACCUAUCAUCUCCUUCUUCCAUGCUGCUAAGAAAAAGAAAAGAGGGCUUUUCCGUUAUGACAGAAAGCUAAGGAAUAAUGAGGAAGUUAAACAGCUUAUUGAAGAGACAUGGAACUAUAACUCACGAGCAAACGUGGAGAUGCGAAUCUCAAACUGUCGAAAAGCCAUAAUCCAAUGGCACAAGAGCAACCAUACAAACAACCAAAAGCAGAUAGAGGAAAAGAGAAGAGAGUUAGAAGGAGCCAUGUCAAACAAUGAACCGAAUGAAAUCCUGAUUUCUCAGAUAAAUAAAGAGCUAAAAGGGGCUUACGAGGCAGAAGAAGAAUACUGGAGACAACGCAGUAGGCAAAUGUGGCUCAGUCUGGGAGACAAAAAUAGUGGCUACUUUCAUGCUGCAACUAGAGGAAGAAGAGCAAGAAACAACAUUUCGGUCAUUGAAGAUGAUGCAGGCAAUACAGUUUAUGAAGAAGCAAAGAUUGCAGAGAUAAUCACAUGCUAUUUUGAGAAAAUGUUUACCUCCCAGGCUGGAUCCAGAACAGAAACAGUCAAUCAGAGCAUCACACGUAGAAUCUCGGACGAAACCAACAGGCGACUAACUCAAAUUCCUAGCCAACAGGAAGUCAAUGCAGCGAUUUUCUCCAUUCACCCGGACAAAGCUCCUGGUCCAGAUGGUUUCUCAGCCAGUUUUUUCCACUCUAACUGGGAAACAAUUGGAGAGCACAUCACAACCGAGAUUCAAGACUUCUUCAGAACCGGAUCCCUCCCUCAGAACCUAAACGCCACCCAUAUCUGCCUAAUACCAAAGAAGACAAGCCCUAAAUCAGUCGCGGAUUACAGGCCAAUAGCGCUUUGCAAUGUGUUGUACAAAAUCAUCUCAAAAAUCCUUACCGCUCGACUACACCCAAUCUUAGAUGGCUUAGUCUCUGAGAAUCAGUGUGCCUUUGUGCCAGGCAGAGCGAUUUCGGAUAAUGUCAUGAUCACCCAUGAAAUCCUGCAUUUCCUGAAAAUUUCAACGGCAAACAAGAGAGGCUCAAUGGCGAUUAAAACAGAUAUGACAAAAGCAUAUGAUCGAGUGGAAUGGGACUUCAUCAAAGUUGUUCUGGAAAAAAUGGGGUUCCACGAAAAGCUAAUAGGGUGGAUAAUGCAAUGCGUUACAACUGUUACCUUCAGUUUCCUGCUCAAUGGAACGGCAGUGGGAAAAGUGAAACCAUCUAGAGGCAUACGUCAGGGAGAUCCCCUUUCUCCCUAUCUUUUCAUCCUAUGCAGUGAGGUCCUAUCAGGACUCUGUAAUAAAGCACAAGAAACUGGUCAACUCUCAGGCGUACGAGUGGCAAUGGGAAGUCCGAGAGUGAAUCACUUACUCUUUGCUGACGAUACAAUGUUUUUCUGCAAGUCCAAUGCGAAAACAUGCAAGGUCCUGAAGGAAAUCCUGGACAAGUACGAAGAGGCUUCAGGACAAAAGAUAAGCUGCCAAAAAUCAACAAUAACCUUCUCAAAAAAGACUUCACGAGAGGUUAAAAGAAGUGCUAUGAAUAUUCUGGGAAUCCACCAUGAAGGUGGUCAAGGGAAGUACCUAGGGCUUCCUGAAGCCUUUGGGAGGAAGAAAAAGGAUUUGUUCAGCUCAGUGGUAGAUCGUAUCCGACAACGAGCUAUAUCUUGGUCCUCAAAACUUCUGUCCAGCGCAGGGAAGUUAGUACUCCUCAAAUCAGUCCUAUCAUCGAUGCCUACUUAUGCCAUGUCCUGCUUUAAGCUCCCUGUAAGCCUAAGCACAAGAAUCCAAUCUGUGUUAACAAGGUUCUGGUGGGAUGCAAACCCAGAGAAGAGGAAGAUGUGCUGGAUAGCUUGGAAAAAACUUACGAGAGGGAAAAGUGAAGGAGGAUUAGGCAUCCGAGACAUCCAAGACUUCAAUGAUGCACUCCUGAGCAAAUUGAGUUGGAGAAUUCUCACAAAACCCGACUGCCUUUUAGCUCGCAUCCUGAAAGGAAAAUACUUCCAAAAUCAGUCUUUUCUGGAUUGUACCUUGAAUACUGGAUGUUCUCAUGGUUGGAGAGGCAUAAUGAUUGGCCGAGACCUAUUAAAGGAGAAGCUGGGAAAGGUUAUUGGUAAUGGGGAUACAACAAGGGUUUGGGAGGAUCCUUGGCUAUCUACAAAGGAACCUAUCAUUCCUAUGGGCCCAGCGCCACUCGCGUACAAGAAUCUAAGAGUUAAAGACCUUUUCCUACCAAACUCUAGAGUGUGGAAUGCAAACUUGAUUAGACGAGUUCUACCAGCUUAUGAAAGAGAGAUCUUAGGAAUAAUACCAGGAAAUUAUGCGACGGAGGAUCGUUUGGCAUGGCUCCCUCAAGCAAACGGAGAGUACUCAGUCAAGACCGGAUAUCACACAGCCAGAGCACGAACACCAGACGAAGUAGUCCCUGCAUCAGCAAACGGAAGCUUUAACUGGAUAACAGAUAUUUGGAAGGGCUACUAUGCUCCGAAACUCAAAAUUUUCCUCUGGAAAUCAGUUCAAGGAGCCUUACCAGUCGGAGAAAACCUAGCAGCCAGAGGUCUCAAUUCGCAAUCAGCUUGCAUCCAGUGUGGAGCUCUGGAAACCACUCUUCAUCUUUUGUUUCAUUGCAGAUAUGCCCAAACGGUCUGGAAUGCAGCGCCCUUCCGUGACCAAUUUCUUCCAAGCGCCAUCACGAGCACAAAGGAGGGAAUUGCAAAGCUAAAAUUGAUAAUUUGCCUUCCACCGCUAGGAAUCAAAGGAGAAUCUCUGGCGCCGUGGAUCCUCUGGAGCAUCUGGCUGAGUAGAAACAACAAAAUCUUCAACAAUAACAAUCUGGGUGCUUUUGGAACUCUGAAUUUAGCAAUCAUCCGCGCCAGAGAAUGGAUGGAAGCACAAACGGAAUUGCAAGCUAAAACAUUUACCGGAGCGAUCAGAUCCGCAAACCAGAGCAUCCCUGACGAGUUUAUCCGAUGCCACACAGAUGGAGCAUGGAAUGAAGAACACAGAUCCGGAGGCCAUGGGUGGACCUUUCAGGACAACAAACUCGAAUUCCUAAAACAGGAUUCAGCAGCAGCUGCGAACAUAGCUUCGCCUCUAAUUGUAGAGAGCAUAGCGAUCCGAUCGGCGCUCCAGCAAGCCCUAGAUCUUGGGAUCAAAAGUUUGCAUGUGGCGUCGGACUCACAACAGCUCAUCAACGCGAUCAUUUCCAAUUCGAAACUAUCGGAGAUCUUCGGGAUUCUUCAAGAUAUUUCGCAUCUUUCCUUGUUUUUUUAA